AUGAUGUAUUCUAAGGGACUUAGACUUUUCUAUAGCAAAGGACUCCACCUCCUUGUUGCUAGACCUGCAGUUACCAUGACUCAACAACAAGUCCAAAACUUUUCCAUCUAUAACCAGGAAAUGAGAGAAUUUUCAAGUGUAAAGAAAUCUAAAGGAGGCAGAAAGGGUGGUGCUGGUACAUCAUCAGAUGCUGAGAGUGAGAACCCUGCAUAAGAGGAAAAGCGUGAAGCAGUUUAAGAAGUCCAUCAUGAAGAGACUGCAAGACCAGCAACCGUAAAAGAUUUCUCAGCUGCCAAAAUUGCCACCAAUAUCAAUCUCAACCUUGAUAAGGCUCUCUUCAAAGCAUUCAGCGUUGGAGACAUCAAUAAAGUUGGAUCUGUUGCUGAUCAUCAACCAUCAUCAAAGGAGGAUACCAUUCCAGGUAGAUAUACCACAGUGCUCUUCACUUCAGCCUCUUUAUAAAAUCAACUUUACGACGUGUAUGAGGAUAUGGUCUUCAUUGGAAACCUCUUUGACAACUCAGAAAGCUUCUAACUUUUCACUCAAAAUGCUGGUAUUGGUAUCAAGGAAAUCAGAGCUUUUAACUAAGCCUUGAAAGAUACUGGCGCUGACAUAUCCCCAGUAACAAUUAAAUUCAUUGAAGUGCUCGCUGAAAACAAGAGACUUAUGUUCAUUAAAGAAGUAAGCGAGAGAUACCAAAAGCUUUACAUAUAAGCUAGCAAGGCCGAAAAGAUUUCAAAGGUUCAAAUUAUCUCUGCAUAUAAACUCACUGGAGAGGAAGAACAAUAAGUAUUGCAAGCUUUGUAAUCUAAUCCACAAAGUAAAGGCAAGGACUUCGUUCUUGAAUUCAAAAUCGACGAAUCAAUCAUUGGAGGGCUUCAAAUGUACACUGAGUCCGAAUUCAUGGAUCUUAGUUUAUCAACUAGACUCUAAAGACUCAACCAAGAAAUUCAAAAGAUGGCUGAUUGA